ACCUCACCGGAAGUGCCAUGGUGGAGCCAAGAUGGCGGAGUCUUGCUCACCCCUGAAGGCGGGAAGGAGGCUCGUCGGCGGCCGCUCCGACCUCUCCCUCGACCUCAUCCGCUCCCUCACCGAGCUGCAGGACCUGGAGGCGGUGUACGAGCGGCUGUGUGACGAGGAGAAAGCGGUGGAGAAAGAGUUGGAUGUGCUUCUGGAGCAGCAAAACACUAUUGAGGGCAAGAUGAUCACCCUCCAACGCAUGGGUCCCAACCUGCAACUUAUUGAGGGGGAUGCCCAACAACUAGCUGGAAUGAUCACCUUUACCUGUAACCUGGCUGAGAACGUCUCCAGCAAAGUCCGGCAGCUUGACCUGGCCAAGAAUCGCCUCUACCAGGCCAUCCAAAGAGCUGAUGAUAUCCUGGACCUGAAGUUCUGCAUGGAUGGGGUUCAGACGGCCCUGAGAAAUGAAGACUACGAGCAGGCAGCUGCCCAUAUCCACCGCUACCUGUCCCUGGACAAGUCGGUCAUUGAGCUCAGUCGGCAGGGCAAGGAAGGCAGCAUGAUUGAUGCCAACCUGAAACUGCUGCAGGACGCCGAGCAGCGCCUCAAGGCCAUCGUGACCGAGAAAUUUGCCACCGCUACCAAGGAAGGGGACUUGCCUCAGGUGGAGCGAUUCUUCAAGAUCUUUCCAUUGCUGGGUUUACACGAGGAGGGGCUGAGCAGAUUUUCAGAAUACCUCUGCAAGCAGGUGGCAAACAAAGCUGAGGAAAACCUCCUCUUGGUGCUGGGGACAGACAUGAGUGACCGCAGGGCGGCAGUCAUCUUUGCAGACACCCUAACACUCCUUUUUGAAGGGAUCGCCCGCAUCGUGGAGACCCAUCAACCAAUAGUGGAGACCUAUUAUGGGCCAGGGCGGCUCUACACCCUAAUCAAACACCUGCAGGUAGAAUGUGACCGGCAAGUGGACAAAGUGGUGGAGGAGUUCAUCAAACAAAGAGACUACCACCGGCAGUUCCAGCUUGUUCAGAACAGCAUGAUGAGAAGUUCGGCCUCGGAAAAAAUUGAACCGAGGGAGCUGGACCCCAUCCUGUCCGAGGUGACGCUGAUGAAUGCCCGCGGCGAGCUGUACCUGCGCUUCCUCAAGAAGAGGAUCAGCUCGGAUUUUGAGGUGGGGGACUCCAUGGCCUCCGAGGAGGUGAAGCAGGAGCAUCAGAAGUGUCUGGAUAAACUCCUCAACAACUGCCUUCUGAGCUGCACCAUGCAGGAGCUGAUCGGCUAUUACAUCACCAUGGAGGAGUACUUCAUGCGAGAGACAGUCAACAAGGCAGUAGCCCUGGAUGCUUAUGAGAAGGGCCAGUUGACCUCCAGCAUGGUCGAUGACGUGUUCUACAUCAUCAAGAAGUGCAUCGGACGGGCCCUGUCCAGUUCCAGCAUCGACUGCCUGUGUGCUAUGAUCAAUCACUCCACCACAGAGCUAGAGUCGGAUUUCAGGGAAGUCUUGUGUAACAAACUACGAAUGGGCUUCCCGGCCACCACCUUCCAGGACUUCCAGCGGGGGGUCACAAGUGCCGUGAACAUCAUGCACAGCAGCCUCCAGCAGGGCAAAUUUGACACCAAAGGCAUCGAGAGCACCGAUGAGGCCAAGCUGUCCUUUCUGGUAACCUUGAACAAUGUGGAGGUCUGCAGUGAAAACAUCACCACUCUGAAGAAGACAUUGGAGAGCGACUGCACGAAACUUUUCAACCAAGGGAUUGGCGGGGAGCAGGCCCAAGCCAAGUUUGACAGCUGCCUCUCUGACUUGGCUGCGGUGUCCAACAAGUUCCGUGACCUCCUGCAGGAAGGGCUGAGCGAGCUAAAUAGCACAGCCGUCAAACCACAGGUGAAACCCUGGAUCAACGUCUUCCUGUCUGUCUCCCACAACAUCGAGGAGGAAGAAUUCAACGACUAUGAAGCCAAUGACCCCUGGGUGCAGCAGUUCAUCUUGAAUCUGGAGCAGCAGAUGGCCGAGUUCAAGGCGGGGCUGUCACCUGUCAUCUACGACAGCCUCACUGGCCUCAUGACCAGCCUCAUCGCCAUCGAGUUGGAGAAGGUGGUGCUGAAAUCCACCUUCAGCAGGCUGGGCGGCUUGCAGUUUGACAAGGAGCUGAGAUCCCUCGUCGCCUAUCUCACCACAGUGACGACCUGGACCAUUCGAGAUAAGUUUGCCAGGCUUUCCCAGAUGGCAACGAUUCUCAACUUGGAAAGGGUGACGGAAAUCCUAGAUUACUGGGGGGCGAACUCGGGCCCACUGACUUGGCGCUUGACUCCGGCUGAGGUGCGCCAGGUGCUGGCCUUGCGCAUCGACUUCCGCAGCGAGGACAUCAAAAGGCUCCGCUUGUGAUGGGCAGAAUAACACUUUCUUCCUUGGACUUCCUGGGACCUCUUACUGGCUGUACGGGCAGCUGGCGCCGGAUACACUAGGCCUGCUUCCGUACCGGCCAACUUGGCCGAGGCUGUCCUGGCUAGAUGAAGAGGCCUGAUGGUCUUCACACCUGUCACCAAGACAGUAUGGUAGCAUGGGAGCCUCUCCAUCUUGAUCAUUUCAGAUAGCACAACCCUGCAUUUAGCAAGGGAUUCACUCCAGCCUUCUGUGGAACAGGUACUGAUAGAUGGGAAACCUGGGGUGAGCCAUGGCUGGCACAACCGGAUUGGCAUCAUUCAGCCUGAUUCAUCCUCCGUCCCAGAUGCCACGGGAAGUGGCUUUGGGGACCAGAGUGCCCUGACUCUUGGGUGAUGACGCGGCUUCUUCCGUUCCUCGUUGGAGAGUUUUACUAGAAAGAGAAAAACUAAUCUCCCCCAGGUCAGAUAUUUCUCCUCGUUUUGAGGGCUGUUGGGGUACUUGGGAAAUUGCGACGGGUCUCUGGGAAAAUGGAGCAGUCAAACCAAGCAAAGAAAGAGUUGUCUCCCACUGUUGGGGGUAUAAAAGGCAGUGGUAACACUAAAGAUUUAGAAAUGAGGACUGCUGCAAAAGUGUUGCAGGGGGAAGAACAAAGGUCUGGGGCCCGGGGAGAGGGGCAAACUGUGCUUAUGAGAACCUCCAGAGGCUACUGCUGCCGGACCGAAUGUGUUUUUUGAGUGCAUGGUGAAUUGUGGGGAGGAAAUUCACGACUUCCCUAGCCAAUCAGUGGUAUUUAUUGAGCUACUCCUCGCACCUACUCCUGAAUGGAAAGCACAAUUCCAAGUGUUUGAGAAAGAACCACAGAAUCAUCCACAUGUUCCCUAGCCACAAGGAGCGGACAAUCUAAUGGGGAAGACAGAUAGGUAAAAGUGAUUGCAAAGAGUGGGAGCAGGAGGAAGAACAUGGAUAAGAGAGGUAGUAGGCCAAUUAAACAUCAAUAAAUAAUUUAAUGUACAA